UGAAAGCUGUGGCGUGUCCUUGCCUUACCGCUCGGCUUUGGGGCGCGCCACGAUGCGGAAGGUGGUUUUGAUCACCGGGGCGAGCAGUGGCGUUGGCCUAGCCCUCUGCAGGCGGUUGCUGGAGGCAGACGAUGAGCUUCACCUGUGUUUGGCGUGCAGGAACAUGGGCAAAGCGGAAGCUGUUCGUGCUGCUCUGCUGGCCUCUUACCCCACCAGUGAGGUCACUACCGUGCAGGUGGAUGUCAGCAACCUGCAGUCGGUGCUCCGGGCCUCCAAGGAGCUCAAGCAAAGGUUUCAGAGAUUAGACUGUCUAUAUCUAAAUGCUGGGAUCAUGCCUAAUCCACAGCUGAAUAUCAAAGCCGUUUUCUCUGGCCUCUUUUCAAGAAAAGUGAUUCAUGUGUUCUCCACAGCUGAGGGACUGCUGACCCAGGAUGACAAGGUCACUGCUGACGGGCUCCAGGAGGUGUUUGAAACCAAUGUCUUUGGCCACUUUAUCUUGAUUCAGGAACUGGAACCUCUCCUCUGUCAGAAUGAUGGUCCAUCUCAGCUCAUCUGGACGUCAUCUCGCAAUGCAAAGAAAUCUAAUUUCAGCCUUGAGGACUUCCAGCACAGCAAAGGCCAGGAGCCCUACAGCUCUUCCAAAUAUGCUAUUGACCUUCUGAGUCUAGCUUUGAACAGAAAUUUCAACCAGCGGGGUCUGUAUUCCAGUGUGUUGUGCCCAGGUACGAUGUUGACCAAUCUGACAUAUGGAGUUCUACCUCCCUUUAUAUGGACGCUGCUGUUGCCAUUCAUAUGGCUGCUUCGCUUUUUCGCAAAUGCCUUCACUUUGACAACGUACAAUGGAACAGAAGCAAUGAUAUGGCUUUUCCAUCAAAAGCCCGAGUCUCUUGAUCCUUUGGCCAAAUAUCUGAGUAACACCACUGGCUUUGGAAGCAAUUAUGUAACAACCCAAAAGAUGGACCUAGAUGAAGACACUGCUGAAAAUUUUUACCAAAAGUUACUGGAACUGGAAAAGCAUAUUAAGGACACCGUUCAAAAAACAGAUAACCAGAGCUAACAAUGACACGCUCUGAAACACUGCAUACCUUCUGUGCACUCUGGAGCACAUGGGUUUCUGUUGAGUUGGGUGAUGUGCAUUUGUGGUAAACUAUGAACAAUAAUUGUCUCUUUUCCUUCCUUUCAGAAUUAUCUCUAAGACUGUGUAUGUGUGCAUGUGUGUGUGCACAUGAGAAAAUAGAUUGAUAAAGUAAAGUGACAGUUAGAUGGUCUCCAGAAUGGUGUCACAUCAAAAUUGUGCUAGAGGUACCCAACAGAGUACCUGUUUAUUUGUUCUGCCCGCUGGAGCCCGAAGUGCACUUUAUGGGAUGAGGUGAGGACCAGGCACACGCUGGUUCUCCUUUCGGCCUUCCCCAGCGGGGCGAAGUACUGGCCACUCUCUAAGUGGCAGUCUUAGCUUUGUUCCUUUUCUUGUGAACAAUUUCCCUAGGUCUUGUACUUUAUUUCUUCCUCCAAAUGCUGCUUCUGAC